UGGUGUAAUCCCAAAGGCUUUGGUAAAAUUGCCUGGUUUAUUGCACAUUAAUAUUUCAUUCAAUAAUUUAGAGGGUCCAAUUCCAAGUGGUAGAGCCUUUAUGAAUUUAACCAUAGAGGAAGUACAGGGAAAUAAAGGUCUAUGCGGCAAUAUUACAGGGUUACCAGCUUGUGGAAGUUCCCCGUUGAUUAAAAAGCAUGUCAAGGAUAAGCAGAAGAAACUUCUUGUCACAAUUUUAUGUCCUCUUCUGGGAUCAUUCCUACUUCUUUGUGCAUUCUAUGGUGGUCUCAGAUUGCAUGAUCAAUGGAGAAAAAGUUCAGGAACAGAAGAUAUGGAUAUGAAGAAGGGAAAUUUUUUUUCUGUAUGUUCUUAUGACGGGAAAGCAUUGUAUAAAGAAAUAGUAAUGGCUACAGAAGAGUUCAAUGACAUAUUUUGCAUUGGGAAAGGGGGUUAUGGAAGUGUUUAUAGAGCAGAGCUUCCAUCAGGCGAUGUGAUAGCCGUAAAGAAGCUUCACCACGUGCCUGAGAUGGCGAUGCAUAGAAGUUUCUUGAAUGAGAUAAAGGCCUUGACAGAAAUCAAGCAUCGAAACAUUGUGAAACUCUUUGGCUUCUGCUCAAAUUCUCGGCACUCAUUUUUGGUUUAUGAGUACCUUGAAAGAGGAAGCUUGGCAAAAAUUUUGAGCAUGGAAGAAGAAGCUAUGGAGUUAGACUGGCAGAAGAGGUUGAAAAUCAUCAAAGGCAUAGCUCAUGCUUUAUCUUACAUGCAUCAUGAUUGUUCACCAGCAAUUGUACAUCGAGACUUAUCAAGCAACAACAUUUUGCUUGAUCCAGAAUAUGAGGCUCACAUUUCUGAUUUUGGUACUUCUAAGUUUCUGAAAAUAGAUUCAUCUAAUUGGAGUUCUCUUGCUGGCACAUAUGGAUAUGUUGCACCAGAAUUUGCCUACACAAUGAAAGUAACUGAAAAGUGUGAUGUUUAUAGCUUUGGGGUCCUGACAAUGGAAGUAAUCAAAGGAAAGCAUCCUGGUGACUUGAUUGCUUAUCUAAUGUCUUCAAAGCCUGAAAACAUAGAACUGAAAGACUUGCUCGACCAAAGACUUCUGUACCCCAGUCAAGAAAUUGAAAGGAAUCUGAAAUCCGUUCUCAAACUAGUAAGAGCUUAU